GUCCGCAGUCUCUGGUCACCUCCCUGUACUAUGUCCGCACUGUGUCUCUGUCUCUGGUCAUCUCCUGUACUGUGUAGUCUCUGGUCAUCUGUGUUCUGUCUCCGCAGUCUCUGGUCAUCUCCUACUGUGUACUGGUCCGCAGUCUCUGGUCAUCUCCUGUACUGUGUACUAUGUCCGCAGUCUGGUCUGUGUCCGGUCUCAUCUCCUGUACUAUGUCCCGCAGUCCUCUCUGUACUAUGGUCAUCUCCUGUACUAUGUCCGCAGUCUCUGGUCAUCUCCUGUACUAGUCUCUGGUCAUCUCCCGCAGUCUCUGGUCAUCUCCUGUACUGUGUCCGCAUCUCUGUACUGGUCAUCUCCUGUACUGUGUCCGCAGUCUCUGGUCAUCUCCUGUACUGUGUCCGCAGU